AUGAAAGAUGCUAGUAAUAAAUCGAAUAUCGCUUCUAUUUCUGGAUUACCAUGUAAUAUAGUUUGUGAUCCAGAAGAUCUUAUCGAGGAUGGAAAACCAAAAACUUUUGAUUCAAUCUUAUUAGAUAGUAUUAGUUCUAUUUUUUUUAGUGAUGCUUCGUUUAUAGAUAAUUAUGGUUCUUUUAAUAGUGAAGUAGAAGAAAAAUAUAAUGAAGAUUUAAAAGGAGAAGAAAUAAAAUAUGCUAAAAAUAUUUAUACAGAUAAAAAUGUAGUCACAAAAUCAUUGAUUAUGGUAAAUAGAUUUGGUCAAACCAUAUCAAAUGAACUUCCCAAAGCACCAAAAUUAAGACUACAUGGUUAUUUCUGUCAAGCAGAUAUGAGUAUUGUCUUAAACUGCGAUAAUAAUGAUGGUAUACCAAUAACUCCUGAUUCUUCAAUAAAAUUAUAUGAACCACCUGGUAAAUUUAUCAUAACUCUAUCAAUUCUAAUGGCUAAAAAUGAAAAAAUCUUUACUAAAGAAAAUAUCGGUUUAGAAGAUAUUUUUGUCAAAGGUACAUUUAGAUUUGACGAUCUUGAUAAAAAUAUGAAAUCACGUAUAAUUCAAGAUGAUUGGGAACUUAUGACAGCUAUUGAUACACCUAUCGAUGUAGACGAACAAAAAGAUAAUAAAUCUAAAUGCAGUUGUAGUAAACCUUUUUGGCAUGAUUUUAGUGUAUAUGUUUACAUCUCCCAUACAAAUAACGGACAAAAAAAUGAAUCACAAGGAAUGCCUUAUGGAGUAAAAAAAGUAGAUACAGACAAAAAUUUAAUCGUUUAUUGUUGCGAUAGAGAUGCUGUAACUAAUUCUAAUGGAUAUCAACCAAAUACUAUCUGGGUCUUAACCGUAACUUUUGAUCCAGUGAUGAUGAGAAAAAGAAUAGAAAGAAGUUUAUCAUUACCUGAUAUCAAAUAUAAUAAUGAUAUUACUUUUUUCGGUAAAGAACCAAUAUUACCAACUCAUUCUGGACCUUUUCUCAUUCUUGAUAAAGUAAUACCUUUCAUGGCUUAUGAUACAAACAUGGAUAGCGUAACAAAUCUUAAAAUCACAAGUCAAUCUGCUAUGCAACAAUUAGUCGAUGCUGUAAAAGCUGCUAUUGAAAAUCCUGAUGGAAAACCAAAUAAUCCAUUUGAAAAACCAAAUAUUCCACUCAAUGUUCCUCUUGAUUCUAGUGAUAUACUAUCUUACUAUACUAAAAAAAUCAAUAAAAAAACUAAAAUCACUGAAUUACAACCUGGAAGUAAAUUAUAUACCCAAAUACAAAAUGAUGAUAGAUUAGGAUCUUGGCAUAUCAAAGAAUUAAAAGAUAUUAUCAAAAAAAAAGGAAAUAAAUUAAUUGAAAAUUUUAAAACAAUGAUAAUAAAUGAAAAGGAUCAUGAAAAAAUAAAUAGAUAUAUCGAAAUGUUAAAAAAGGUUAAUAUAUUUUUCUUGGAUAAUAAAGAUGAAUUUGAAAAAGAACUUGAUAUAUUACAUUCAAAAUUAAAAAUAAUAAAUGAUUCUAAAAUAAAUCCAGAUAUCCUAAAUAAUAAUAUUUCUAUUAUUUUCAAAAAAAGAAAAACAAAUCAUAUUAAAUUAAAACCUAUACACAUUUCAUUUAUUUUACCUAUUAAAAAGUCCAUAGAAUUCAUAUUAAAAAGAUAUAAUAAAAUCAUAUAUUCAAAUAACGAAACAUCAACUAAACAUCUUUAUAAAAUAAUUUCGGAAAAUCUCAAACAUUACAGAGAAAGUCUUUACAUCAAACCUUGGAAAUCUAUUAUCAAUCAUGAGAAUAUUAAAUCGAAAUCUUAUGAUUGUGUAAAUUAUGAUACUCAUAAUAAAAUCAUCAAAGAUAGUAAGAUCGGAAAUAUAUCAAAUUACAUUCAUUCUAAAACAAAAAAUAACUUUGAUGGACUUUUUAAUAUCAUAUGGGAUGAUCUUUUAAAAAAAUAUAAUUUAAUGACAAGACCGGAAUAUCUUGAUGCAUUCAACAGAUAUAGUGAUUAUGUCGAUACACAAAAUAUGAAUAAAGAUUCAUACAUAUUUGAAAUGUCAUAUGAUCGAUUUAAAUUUUUAUUAGAAAACGAUAAAGAAAAUAUUAUUGAUUAUUGUGAAUCAGGAAAAUAUGAAAAAAUCAUCAAUAAAAAUAAUUCAUUAAAAAAAUAUACCAUUGAAUUACAUAAAAUAUGA